UGCUGUAUUCAUCAUAGAGACAUUUUGUCAAACACCGAGUAGCCAUCCAGACAUUUUAUCAUCCAGUGUUUCCCCAAAACCAACAGUUUGAUGAAACCACCGUUGUGAUUGGAAAAAUUUACUGCAAGCACCUCGUUUCUCAUUGGACAUCAGAAAGUUUGACAUAAAUUGAUCAAAAACAUCCUCAACAAAAGCUUCUUAAUACUGGGACAAAUUCUAGACGUUAGAUCUCUUUUAAGAGAUCCUCACCAUUAACCGGCUUGAAAGAAAUGGAGAGGAUCCUUAUCCAAACGGGAAACGCAGGAAGACGAUAAUAUUAACAGAGAGAAACCUCCGAUUUAGUAUGGCUUCUGCUGCAGCUGCGGCAGCGGCACCACCGCUGUCCCUACAGCACCACCGCCACCACCCUCUCAUUAUUUACAGAACCAACCGAAUAUCAAAUAACAAGCACUCCCUUCACCCAAUCUUCACUCCCAAAUUCUCUACCCACACCCAUACCCACGAAAUACACUCUCCUACUCCAACCAACUACUCGCCUCAUAAUCUCUCUUUAGUCCAAGAAAUCAACAAGCUCUGCCAGCAGCGGAACCUCGCCGGAGCUCUUGACUUUCUUCAAAGAAACUCUAUACAUGCUAUCUAUGAUUCAGUGCACAGAGCGGAAGCUAUGGGUGUUUUACUACAGGCUUGUGGGUACCAAAAGGACAUCGAGACCGGCAGGAGAGUUCACGAGAUGGUUUCAGCGUCCACCCAGUUGAGCAACGACUUCGUUCUCAAUACCCGUCUCAUAACAAUGUACUCCAUGUGUGGCUCUCCUGUAGAUUCUCGUUUAGUUUUCGAUGGGUUACAGAGGAAGAACUUGUUUCAGUGGAAUGCACUCGUUAGUGGGUAUGCUAGAAAUGAACUUUUUGACGAAGCAAUUAGCUCCUUUACUAAGUUGAUUUCGGUUUCCGAGUUUAAACCUGAUAAUUUUACGUUGCCUUGUGUGCUUAAGGCUUGUGCUGGGCUUUGGGAUGUGGGGUUGGGGCAGGUGAUUCAUGGGAUGGCAAUGAAGACGGGUUUGAUUUCUGAUGUGUUUGUGGGUAAUGCGCUCAUUGCAAUGUAUGGGAAAUGUGGGUUUGUUGAGGAAGCAGUGAAGGUGCUUGAAUGUAUGCCUGAGAGAAACUUGGUUUCUUGGAAUUCGAUGAUUUGUGGGUUUUCUGAAAAUGGGUGUUCUCAAGAGAGUUAUGAUAUUCUUAGAAAGAUUUUGGAGGGUGAGGAGGGUUUGAUACCAGAUGUUGCUACUAUUGUGACUGUUUUACCGGUGUGUGCAGGAGAAGGACAAGUGAAUAUGGGAGUGGUAAUUCAUGGUUUGGCGGUUAAGUUGGGGCUGAAUGAGGAAGUAAUGGUGAACAAUGCCUUGAUAGACAUGUAUUCAAAAUGUUGCCACUUAACUGAAGCCCAUAUUUUAUUUACUAGGAGUCAUAACAAGAAUGUGGUGUCUUGGAAUUCCAUGAUUGGAUGUUACUCUAGGGAAGGAGAUGUAUGCAGAACAUUUGAUCUCUUGCGGAAAAUGCAGAUGGAAGAGGAGAAAAUGAAGGUGAAUGAGAUCACCAUAUUGAAUGUUUUGCCAGCUUGUUCAGCAGAAUCAGAACUUCUUUGGCUGAAGGAACUUCAUGGUUAUUCAUUGAGACAUGGGUUGCAAUAUGAUGAAUUGGUCGCUAAUGCUUUUGUCGCAGCCUAUGCAAAGUGUGGGUCGCUGAGCUCUGCUGAGCACGUAUUUUUUGGAAUAAAAACUAAGACAGUGAACUCUUGGAAUGCACUUAUUGGUGGUCAUGCACAAAAUGGUGAUCCACAAAAGGCUUUAUAUUUCUACUUUCAAAUGACAUAUUCAGGCUUAGAUCCUGACUCGUUUAGCAUAGGCAGCCUCCUUUUAGCUUGUUCCCACAUGAAAUGUUUGCGUUAUGGCAAAGAGCUUCAUGGAUUUGUGUUGCGGAACGGUUUAGAUAUGGAUUCAUUUAUUGGUAUCUCAUUACUUUCACUUUACAUUCAUUGCAGGAGAGUGUUAUCUGCAAGGAUAUUGUUCAAUAGGAUGGAAGAGAAAAUUUUAGUAUCUUGGAAUGCGAUGAUUGCUGGUUAUUCACAGAAUGGACUUCCAGAUGAAGCCCUUGAUCUCUUCCGUCAAAUGCUUUCCUAUGGAAUUAAACCUUGUGAGAUUGCCAUAAUCAGUGUAUUUGGGGCUUGUUCUCAGCUGUCAGCACAGCGUCUGGGAAAGGAAAUGCAUUGCUUUGCUUUAAAAGCUAACCUAACAGAUGACACUUUUGUAGGCUGUUCACUCAUAGAUAUGUAUGCAAAAGCUGGCUGCAUAGAACAAUCUCAAAGAGUUUUUAACAGCUUAAAGGAGAAAGAUGAGGCAUCAUGGAAUGUUAUAAUUGCUGGAUAUGGAAUUCAUGGAUAUGGAAAAAAUGCCAUUGAGCUAUUUGAAAAAAUGCAAAGAUCAGGCCAGAAGCCUGAUGGGCUUACAUUUAUAGGAAUUCUAAUGGCAUGUAGCCAUGCUGAGUUGAUUAUGGAGGGUUUAAAAUAUUUCGGCCUGAUGCAAAGUUUGUACGGAAUAGAGCCAAAAUUGGAGCAUUAUGCAUGUAUUGUGGACAUGUUGGGUCGGGCUGGCCAAUUAGCUGAAGCUCUAAAGCUCAUACAUGAGAUGCCUGAAGAACCAGAUGCUAGAAUCUGGAGUUCAUUGCUCAGUUCCUGUAGAAUUUAUGGUGAUCUAGAUAUGGGGGUGAAAGUUGCAGAAAAGUUACUAGAACUCGAACCGGACAAAGCAGAGAAUUAUGUGCUACUCUCAAAUUUAUAUGCUGGGUCAGGAAAAUGGGAUGAUGUGAGAAGAGUGAGGCAAAGGAUGAAGGAGAAUGGUCUUCAGAAAGAUGCUGGCCGCAGUUGGAUUGAAGUUGGAGGGAAAGUUUAUAGCUUUGUUGUUGGUAAUGACAUGCUGUUGAAGUCCGAAGAGAUCCGGAACAUGUGGAGAAGAUUAGAGGAAAAAAUAAGCAAAAUUGGAUACAAACCUAACACGGAAUCUGUGCUUCAUGAACUUAGCGAAGAGGAGAAGAUUGAGGUAUUGCGGGGGCAUAGUGAGAAGCUUGCAAUUUCUUUCGGGUUGUUAAAGACGACCAAAGGUGCAACACUGAGGAUCUGCAAAAAUCUGCGCAUUUGUGUAGAUUGUCAUAAUGCGGCUAAGCUAAUAUCAAAAGCUGUUGAAAGGGAGAUAGUUGUGAGAGACAACAAGCGUUUUCACCAUUUCAAAGAUGGGUUUUGUUCUUGUAGAGAUUUUUGGUAGGUGAACUAAGUAAGGGUUGGCUUGUAUUCUCCUAUUUGAUUUUGAGUGAAAAUUUCUAAAAGCGUGUCAAAAAGGAUUACAGCUGCACAAAUCAUUGCCUAAUCUUAUUCUGCAAAUGAUUAAGUUUGACAUUCUAUAUGUGGAUGAAUCCUUAUACUACUAAUCAAUUUCAUCGGCUCAUCCUCUGCACCAGCUUCAAAAAGGUAAGGGAAAAACAUGUGGAAAAAUGCAGCAAAACCAGUCUACUCAAAGAUCAAUAUCCUCAUCCGGUUGUAGUGGUUUUUCUUGUGAGAAAUUGAAGUUUAGCAGUGGAUUUGAGCCCUUUCCUUCCAUUCUUGUUCAACUUUGAAUCAAGAAAUUUAUGUGACAUCCUAUGAUGAGAAUCACAUGUAGAUGUUGUGUUUCUCUCAAAAAUAUAGUUGUAUGUUAUUUCUUUGUAAAACUUCAGUUGGAUUAAUGAAAAUUUCUUAUUUGAAUUU